GUUACGUCAACAUGAACGAACGUGCGUGACUGACAGAAGCGUUUGAGAUUGCUGUAUUUGCUUGAAUUUUUUGCAAUAAAAGUUGAAUUAUCCAUUAUAACUACACAUAGCAUCUGAAUAAAAGUUAUUCACUGUUUAAAUCACCAUUGUUACAUAUAAAAUAUCUAAACUUGGUUAGUUUAGAUUAAAGUGCAUGUGCUGAUGUGAUUUUCUUGAAAUGUCAUCUUAUAUGGCAGAUGUUUUUGAUUUGGAUUUAGAAGUGGAUACAGUUACGGUGGUAGAUUCUGAUGAAGAUGAUAUUAUAGAAAUUGAUGAGGUUGACUAUGACCCUGAACUGAAUGUGAACACAAUAGCUGAGGCUGAAGGUUCAGAAACCAUCCAGCUAUGUGAGGACAAUGUGAACCCGGGUCUCUGCAAGCGUCUUGGACCUCAAGACUUUGAGCUGCGCAAAGUACUUGGCAAAGGUGGAUAUGGAAAGGUUUUUCAAGUUCGCAAAAUAACUGGGCCUGAUGCCGGGGCCCACUUUGCUAUGAAAGUGUUGAAAAAGGCUUCCAUUGUACGCAACCAAAAAGAUACCGCACACACUAAAGCUGAAAGAAACAUUUUGGAAGCUGUGAAGCAUCCAUUCAUUGUUGAAUUAGUAUAUGCUUUCCAAACAGGUGGAAAGUUAUACUUAAUUUUGGAAUAUUUAAGUGGAGGGGAACUAUUUAUGCACCUUGAGAGAGAGGGUAUAUUUCUAGAAGAUACUGCAUGCUUCUACUUAUCUGAGAUAAUACUGGCUUUAGAACAUUUGCAUAGCUUAGGAAUAAUUUACCGAGACCUCAAACCUGAAAAUGUCCUGCUGGACGCCCAGGGCCAUGUCAAACUGACUGACUUUGGGUUGUGCAAGGAGCACAUCCAAGAAGGAAUCGUUACACACACAUUCUGCGGCACUAUCGAAUACAUGGCUCCAGAAAUUCUAACCAGAAGUGGACAUGGAAAAGCUGUAGACUGGUGGAGCCUGGGUGCCUUGAUGUAUGACAUGCUGAUUGGUCAGCCACCGUUCACCGGCGACAACCGGACCAAGACCAUAGAGAAGAUCCUCAAAGGCAAGCUGAUGCUACCCGCGUACCUGACGCAGGACGCUCGCGACCUCAUCCGCCGCCUCAUGAAGCGCUCGGAGACGCAGCGCCUCGGCGCCAGCGGGGCCGCCGCCGUGCGGGGCCACGCCUUCUUUAAGCACGUGCGCUGGGAUGAAGUGUUCGCACGGAGGCUGGAACCUCCUAUUAAACCUAAAUUGUCAAGCGAAGACGACGUUUCCCAGUUCGACACAAGAUUCACUCUGCAAACUCCAAUCGACUCCCCCGACGAGUCCACCCUCAGCGCCAGCGCCAACAUGAUGUUCCAGGGUUUCACCUACGUAGCGCCAUCAGUGAUGGACGAGAUCCACAAGCCGCGCGUGAUCACGGCGCGCUCCCCGCGCCGGCCGCGGCCGCACCACCUGGGCGCCUUCGCCGUGGCGCCCGGCCUCGGCCUCGGGCCCUCCACGCACCAGCACCCGCAGCACUCACACGCUCAAGAAGACCUCAUGGACGUGCAAGGUCUACCCAUAUAGCCUAGACAAAUUUACAUUAGAUGACCACUUAUUACUAAGGACUACAAUUAUGCUGCCGGUAAAUUAUGGUACUGUUUUAUAUAAUAUCAAUGUACAUUUUAUACAAGUUACCGUUUAGUCUAAUCUCUUGGUAGCAAUUAAUCACAUAAUGAUGUAAUAAAAUGUUCUAACCUGACUAUAAAUGAGAAAGUAAUAAGUAAUUUACAUAAUUAUACCUUGUUACCAAGCUUCAUGAAAUAAAAGGUCAUUUUUUAUUUUGUAAA